AUUGUUUUGUUGGCUCUUGUCACGUGUUCUUGUCUUGUGACUGAUGCCGAGGAAAACUUGAAUUCAUGUAUUAUUUAUUUGUUACAUAACUGGAAAUAGUUUUGUGGGGUGGAAUUUGUUACUUGGUGUAAGGUUAUAAUUGGAAUGGAAACAUUUGUUGUGUUUAUUUAGUUGCGAGACAAUGGUAUUUCAGGGGAAGACAGUGUUUGUUGCCGUUUGUGUAAUUGUAUUAUUAUUUUUGGGGAUUCCUAUACAUAUCGAAAAGGAAUCAGAUAAACCUGCAGAACAUUUGUUUACUGAAUAUGUCAGUAAAUUUAACAAAAACUACAAAUCUAAUAUUACCGAAUUUAUGUCUCGGUACGAAACUUUUAAGGAGACCCUGGCUCACAUCCGGGAGCUGAACCAGAACCAGCCGCCGGGUGGCGCAGUCUACGGCUUGACCAAAUUCUCCGACAUGUCGCCGGGAGAGUUCCAGGAGCGCCACCUGCAGCCCCGUAUGCACCACCACAUCAGGCUGCGUCUGCAGCGGCGCCACAACGACAGCCUCCACCACAACCAUCACCAACACCAACACCACCACAACCACGUGCAGAGGAGAGCUGUUGGUGACGACCUGCCCUUAGUGGUCGACUGGAGGAAGAAGAAGGUGGUCACGCCCGUGCGCAACCAGAAGACGUGCGGAGCGUGCUGGGCGUUCAGCACGGUGGAGACGGUGGAGACGAUGAGCGCCCUGAAGACCGGCGUCCUGCAGUCCCUGAGCGUGCAGGAGGUGGUGGAUUGUGCGAAGAACGGCAACCUGGGGUGCGACGGGGGCGACUCCUGCAACCUGGUGGAGUGGCUGGUCACCAACAACGUCCCCGUCGAGCCGGAGAAGGAGUACCCCCUGGCCUGGCAGACGCAGACCUGCCGGAUCAAGGCGUCGGAUACUGGAGUGCGCGUUGCCCCGAACUUCACCUGCAACUACAUGGUGGGGGAGGAGGACGCCCUGGCACGGCUCCUGGCGCGGCACGGUCCCGUGGCGGUGGCGGUGAAUGCUGCCAACUGGCAGAACUACCUGGGCGGCAUCGUGCAGUUCCACUGCGACGGGGCUCUGCAGCUGAUCAACCACGCCGUGCAGCUGGUGGGCUUCGACCGCACCGGACCCGUGCCCUUCUACAUCGCCCGCAACUCGUGGGGCACGGACUUCGGGGACAAGGGCUACAUCUACCUGUCCAUGGGCGCCAACACGUGCGGUGUGGGCACGGAAGUGGUCUCUUUGGAUGUGCUGUGAGGACGGCCUUGAAGCAUGCAGCAGGAUAUCAGAAUUCAUACUUCACUGCCUUUGAAGAAGCAUCAUAUCUACUUAAAGUAGCCUCUGUGAUAGUGGAAGGUUUUCUACCAACAGCUUUUGAUAUGUUUAUUUUUAUAUUGAAACAGUAGGAAUUUCAAAAGAUGUUAUGAGGCAAAGGAAUUUUUUUUAAAUAAUAGCUUUUAUGUGUUUUACUGUGAUAUUCAAAAUAUUCUUGCCAUACUUUUUUAAAUAAUUCUUUUAACUAUGUGGAUGUAUUGUAGUGGUGUUAAUUAAGUUCAUGUAUAUUUUAGGUAGUUUUAAAUGAACACACUAGGGGGACAUUUUUAAGGUGAAUAUGUAAAACCCUGUUAAGAUGUUUUUCAAGGGACUGAAUGCUAAAAACCUUAACAAGGAAAACUUAUUAAAAGGGAAAUACAUAGUUAAAAUUCAGAUGCUACAUAAAAACAAAUUUUACUCGAAUGACAUUCUUUAUUAACUCAAAAAUUGCAUUAACUUUUUAUUAUCAUCAGAGCACUGGAAAAACUAGACAAGAAGAUCAGUAAACUGAGUUAUUUAAACUGAAUUUAAUUAACACAAUUAAAAAAAAAAAUUAUCAAAACAACACUAGCAAAAAAAAGUAAUAUUUACUGUCUUGAAAAAUACUAGGUAACGUGUUUUAUUUAACACAUUUUCAGACUGACGCGUAACAAAAUUGUCCAGUUCCCACAAGCUCUUCCUCACACUAUCUGGAACGUUUGGUGUAUACCAACCUUCAUUUUUUUACACUUUGACAAAACACUAGUAGCCAAAAGUUGGUCCCGCUUCAUCAUGAUUCCAUUAAAAGUAGAUGGUGGCAUCCCAAUUUUUUUUGCCAUACUCACUGUUGGUAUCAAAGAAUUCGCAUCAACUUCUGAUAUUAUUUUCAGUUUUCCUUCAAACGAUAACUCUUUCCGUUUAAUGGGUCCUCCACUAUUUGUAAAUGCCAUAAUGUACUGUUUAUCACAACUCUAAACAUUUAUUAUGCUUGAUAACUUUAAAAUCACCCCUAAAAAGAUUGUAAACUAAAACCCUUAUAUGCAGGUUAUCAAUUAUUGUUUACUGAGCAUGAUACAAAGUGCGAGCACUGCUUGCAAAAAAAUGCAAAUGGCUGGUGGUAAUCUGUUUUGCUGUGUCGUCACGUGGGAAAAUGGAACAGCCUCUCAGUCUACACGACGGGGCAUGCUGCAAAGGUUUUAACGGUCAUGUGCAGUACAAAUUAUUUAGUUAUAGUUUGGAAACACAUAAAUUAAAAAAAAUUACAAUAAAAAGAGUUUAAACUUUAAAAGUUUAAAGAUGAAAAUGAUUAUUUUCUACAAAUGCUGAACUUUAUAUGCAGGAGGCAGCUAUUAACGCAAACGUUAUGAAUGGGAAUAAAUAACAUAGGGAUAUAUGGAAGAGAUCAAUGGAAUAAUUUUUUGAACUUAAUUAGCAGGAAAACUUAUUAUGUGAGAGUGUCUUAAGCUAGUAUUAAUUAGGUUGUAUGGUUAAUGAUUAGCAUGUUUUUAGAGAUUUAAGAUGUUUUUGUUGUUUUUUAUGUAUUUUUUGAUAAUGUUAUGUAUGUGUAGUGCUUUCACAUAAAUUGAGGUUAUUUUUGUGCAGUAAUGGCCAUUGUAAAGUUCGGCAGUAACUCUGCUGUGUUCAAGGUUGAUAAUAUCUGGAGAUGUAAAUAUGGGAAGGGUAGAUAAAUAGGCAACUAUGCUGGAUUUUGAAUGUGAACAAAUGUUGUGAUCUCAAACCGCUGAUGGUUGUGGUAGGGGCUCUGUCCGGGGAAAAGUCAAUGAUUCUCAAAAUUUGUUGGGAAAACUCAGUAGUCUCAUAGAAAAUGCCAACACUUGCACAGAAAUUUGAAACAAAAAUGAAGUUUAGUUGCAGUUUUUUGAUGCUUAGAUACUCUCGUCAAUACAUUUAUGUAAUAUUGGUUUAUGUACAUAUUUUUUAAUUGUCUUACCAUGAAUUAUUGAAUCAGUCGAUCAACUUAAUUGUACUUGAUACAGCAAAACCACUUAUUUACACUUUUGAGGGGGAGCAUAAAAAAAAGUAUACAGUAGAAUACCGGUACAACGUACCUCAUUAUAAAGUAUAUUUCACUUUAACGUAUUUUUUUUAAGUCCCCGCCAAAAAUCGUAUCUUCACCAUGCAAAAUGGUUUCAGUUUAAAGUAUCAUAUUUUCACUAUAACGUAUAAAUUCUACUCGUAGCGUGGCAUUACUACACCAAAAUUUACUUAAACUGGUAAAUAAAUUUCCAGCUAAAUGAUUAAUGUUGUAGAACAAACAUACACAAAUACCACCACAACGUAUUAUCUAACCUCUAAACCCUGAAAACAAAGUUACAAACAGUUGCGCGCACUACCAUAGAUUAUACCAUACGUAGUAUGCGACGUGAGCAACACAACACCAUUCGAUACAUCGAAACAUGGAAUUUUGAGAGUAGUAUUAAUUAUUUAGACAAUAGUGUUAUGCUACGCUAAUAUACUGUUUGACGUCUGUGCCGGGAUAUUUUAUUGUUAUUGUUGAGUUUAUUUUCAGGUUACGUUAUUUAGACACCGCAUUGUAUUUGUGCUGCAAAAUGAGAUAAAUGGAGAUAAAAAGAAACGAAAGCAAUUCACGCUUAAGGAAAAAGUGGAAAUACUCAGAGAACUAGACAAAGGAAAAAAGCAAGUCGCAGUUGCGAAGACAUAAUAUGAUAUAGAACAUUUAGUUCAACAGAGCAUCAUUCAAGCUCAAAAACAAACUGAAAUAACACAUUUUUUAAAAGUAACUAAACUUAAAUUAUACAUACACACCAAUGUUUAAACUGAAGUCAGAUGUUGGCUAAAAAAUAAUGUAUCUUACAAUAUCGCUAUUUUUGUAUUUUUUAAUUUUUUUUUUUUCUCUUUGUAAAGAUGAUAUGUAUGUUUCAGUACUAAGUACAAAAACUUGAGGUCCCUGUAAGUACUUAGUACUGAGAUUCCACUGUAAAUUAACACCCUUCUGAUACAAUAGUAUCUCAUUUCCUAUAUGUAUUCCUUCUUCAGGGAAUACUUUAACUUUACAUAAAAAUUUUUACUAGCCUAUUAAUCUAUCAUCAGUACUAAAGCCAUGCCCAAAAUACAUCAAAUAAAAAAAAAAUUAUCAUUGAAUAAAAAGUACAAACAAAUAUGAGGUUUUUAAAAAUACAAAAAAAAAUUGCACAUCAAACAAAAAUUCUUAUUUUGCAUAUAAUCUCAAUUUAAGUUAAUACCAUAUAAAUAGUAAAUAAAUAAAUAUACAAUACAAAAAUAACUGAUGACCAUGACCCGAAUACAAGACAGAACUACUUAGCUUGCCAAUAACUUUCAUCACAGUACACACUAACUACGAAAUAGUGCGGGCUAUCAAAUAUUGUUUACUCUGCAUGAUACAGAGUGCAUGUGCUGAAUGCAAUCGGUGAGCUAUCAGUAUCGAUACUCUGUUAAGUGCUGGCACUCUCUACUGGCAUCAACCUAACCAAACAACCAGUGCUGGCUACAUUUUCAUAUGCUCUACACGCGGUGAUGGAACAGAUGAUUUAAAACAUUAAAUUAAAAAUAUUAAAUGUGCAUUUUUUUUAAAGUUUCAAUUGUAUUUGGUUUUGUGUGUUGAGAAAUGCUCAUUUAAUGUUUUAGGCAAGCCCGCUUUAUUGCUGCAGCUAUUACCAAUAAGUGUUAAUGUAAUGUGGACGUAUCUCUGCAAAGUUUGAUCAUGGAGUUGUAUUGUCAUAACCGUGAUGUUGUGCAGCACAUGUUGCUUUUUGCCAGCUGCAGACUGGCAGCUUGGCAACAGCAAUGGAACAGAUACAAAGUUUUUAGUUGAGGGCGAGUCUACAGCGCUGAUAGUUGAAGAAUGUUGUGAACUUCUGUUGAAGCAGGUUAGUUAAUUUUGAAGUUUAAAUAAAUAACCUGUAUUUAUUGUGAAAGCUGCUUAGAAUUGUUUGCUAGCCACUGUCCUUGUAGCAUUACGUGGCUAUUGUAUUGAAUGUAAACAUUGUGAUGGGAAUGGAUUGUUGAUCUUGUUACACUGUAUUCACCCGCGACCACUAGCUCACUCAGUUGCUGAGAAAAAAGUCAAAAACGGAAAUGCUGGUGAUAUUUGAAUGCUGUAGUUUAUUUAUUUCUGAAUAUAUACAAUCCCGUGUAUAGAUAGAGCAUUGAAUUGUUUUUCCUUAUUCAAUUAAUCUUGCACAUGUUUAUUUCCAAGUGGUUUUUAAACCUUCAAACACAAAACCAUGCCAGUACAUGUGUGCUGCUUCACUAGACGUAUCAAGUGAGCGUUCUGUUUUUGAGGCCUGCCACUGGGAACGGUUAAUUAUUUCCCUUUGAGAAAAUUAAAAGCGCGUGGGAUAUUGUUCUGGAUUUUAGGUGUUUGUAAUGAUGCUUUUUUUUUUUUUAUAUAUAUAUUUAAGAUUUGUUUCUACCUACCCACGGCUUAUAGCCUGGGAUGGUAGGCUCAAUACAAAAACACUGGCUACAGAUAGAAAAAAAAAUUUACAUUUUUUUUUACUCUAAAAAAAUUUGUAAAUCAAAUAUGCUAUAGUAAUAUUUUUUCUAUAUUUAUUUUACUAUCUGAUAAAGGAAAGUCACUUCCAUUCUUAUUGAUAAUUCUGUAUAAAUUUUUAUUAGUUUUGGUUAGUGUACAUAUUAAAGGUUUCUGAUGACUGUUGAAUAAAGAUAUUCAAAUCCAGUACUAUCCAGAAGAUAGUUACAGUUAAUUGUAUUUUUGUAGCAAGUAUGUUCAUUUAUGCAUCUAAUAUUUCUCUUAAUGAUAGAGAUCAAAGUAGGGAGUGCAGAUCUACAUUUUGGUUAACAUUCCUAUUUAGGUCUAUAAUUUUGAUCAAUAUGUUUAGUACUUUAAUUUGUCACUAUCUGUUUUAUAAAUGUCAUUUCAAAUUAAGUGCCAUAUUCAAGUGUAGAUCUAACCAAAGCUAAGUAUUGAAUCUAGUUCAAUGCAUUAAAUUUUUUUCAGAGUGAUCAUUUUAUUAGCAUUUGAACUAAAUUUCUAAUUUCUUAGUUUAUUAUAUUCAAAUACAAUGGGAUGAUAUUUUCUGGAGAAAGUUAUGGUCGUGGUUUUUCCAUAAUUGAUGUCAACAUGAUUAAUAUUACACCACUCAAAAACAGAAGAAAUGUCGCUUUGAAAUAGGUAAGUAACAGCUGUAUAAUGCAUUAAUUUUCUAUAUAUUUUUAGGUCUUCAGCAUAUAGACAACCAACAGAAUAAUUUAUUAAGUUAUAUCAUCAGAAAAAAUGUUAGAGAGAAGAGGGGAUAAGUUACCCCCUUGAGAAACUCCAGAGUUUGCGACAUAUAAUUCGGAUUUAGAAUUUCUAACUGAAACAAAUAAAUUCCUAUCUUUCAAAUAACUACUAAACCAUUUUUCAUUCACUUCUAUUAUAAGAUAAUUUUUUUUAGUAAUAUUUGAUGGUUUACUGUGUUGAAACCAUUUGGCCUUGUGUUAUCACUUCAUAAUGAAUUGGAUUGAUAAAAGUAAUAAGAUUAGUAGUAGUUUUGCCAAUUCUGAAACCAUGUUGACUAUCAAAAAAGUAUUUUUUUUUAAUGUUGAAAUCAAGGUUCUUAAAUAUUACCUUUCUUAUGCAUAGGAAUGACCUUGACUAUUUCACAUUUAUUAGGGUAAACUCCACUGUCAAUACUACUGUCGAAGAUAAACUUAAGGAUCGGAGCAAGAGCCGGAGAGCAAACCAUGUGGACCUGUCAAGGAUUUGACUCCCCAAGUACAAGACUUUGUACUAGUAGACAUGGGAAUGAAAUAAUCAUUACUAUUGCAUAUUACAUGAUUGUGGUUGUUAGUAGGAGAUACAUACACACUAGAAAAAUAGUUUGUAAAACAUUUUUCAAUACAUGUUAGAUCACUGGUAACUGUUAUUGUGGACCUUAAGAGAGAAUUGCUGAUCAAGUCCUCUUGUAAUUUUUACGUUGCACCAUAAUGUUUUAGGAUUGUCUUUAAUUUUGUAAUUUUGAUGUCAAAAUUUUGUAUCUUGUGAAAUGAACGAAUUUGCCUCUUUAUGACAUUGGAAAACAAAGUAUAAUAAUGAUUCGUGUUUCUUUUGUAUAAUUUAUAAAAAAGGUUUUUUUUAUUUUAAUGUUUGUAUAAGUUGCUUAGAGUACCAGUACGGGUAGCUUGAUGUAGUUUUCACAGUAACUGGGAUGUAACUCGUGGAAAUGUAUUUGUGAGGUUUUAACUUUUAUCCAGAAAGCAUCAAUCCCUGAAUGAUUAAUAUCAUGAGUUGGUUAAGCCGAUUAAAAUUUGUGUUUAUUGACAGCAUUCAGUACACCACCACUUCUUUCCUUAAUUGUUAGGGCUGGGUCUCUGUUCUGAAAAUAUGGUAUUUAUUAUCAAAGUAAUGAGAGUUAAUACCAUUGAUAUUGAACCAUGUUUCGAUAAGAGAAAUUUUAUUAAAAUCUGUAGCUGCUAAAUUAUUACAAAAUUCAAAUGCUUAUUUUCAUAAAAUAUUUCCCACUCACACAUAUUCUGCAUGAAUGAAAUGGUUAUUACGAUGAUCCUCCAAGUACCAGGUUGGUAGGUGGGUCGUUGGGAGUUUGAGCAGUUUUGACGAUUAAUUCUUGAUCCUCGGGGUGGUUCAUGACAGUGUUCAUGGAUAUUUUCUCCGGUUGCAACUUUCCAUAGAAGGCAGCCACUCUGCCAGAAAACGAUGUUGUGGAUCCUAUCAAAAUCUUCUUUGAAUACCAAGAUGUGAAAAGAAGAAUAGGUGUUAUAUUUAGACCGUAGUUAAACUGCAGUCAAGUUUAACAACUGUAAGUUGCGAGAGAUUAAAUUCACUGUUGAUGCAGUGAACUACUACCGUGGGAUCGAAUUGGGUUACAAACAGGACCUUCGAUUUUUUUGUAUGCCAGUUUAGAAAUCUUUUGUAAUGAGGAGGAUUCCUAAUACCAACUUGCAUGUGUGAAUAUUGUAUCGUUUUAGGCAGGAUCAAAAGUAGUUUAGCGGCAUAUUCAACCGGCAUAUUCAACCGGCGAGGUGACAGAGGUGUCAACAUUUUCGUCUGUUCACCUUUCUUGUGUCCUGUAUAUUUACUGGUAGUUUGACUAAGAUUUUUUUGGUUCUUUUGAUUUGACUCAUUUCAUCUUUAAUUAUGAAAUUUUUUUCCUGGAAUCAUAUCAUACUUCUACUUUUAAGAUUGUAUAUUUUUGUACCUUAUAUAUUUACAGGAUCGAUUAAUUCAAUUAGCUUGCUCAUUUUCAUAUACAAAUGUGCAGUAACUGAUGCAAAUUAUUUUCCUUUUAAUAACAUCUUCAGAGCAGAGUUUUUGCUUUUGAUCAUAUCUGCAUCAGACACAAGUUUAAGUGUUAGUAGUCCUUGAUCUCUUGGGGCAUAGAAAACACCAAGAAAUCUUGACAGUUGUCAAUGGAAGAGUUAAUAAUAACUAUCAUUCACAUACAUAAAGAUUAGAUCCCGUCACUCUAACUUCGGCCGCGACUUAAAUAUACUGCUGUAUGAUGCUGAUGCAUAAUGAAAACAGGACAAAGCAAAGAAAGCAAACAGUACAGUAAAGUUCUGUUAAAAUGUUCUUAAGAUACUUAGAAAUGUAUACUUAUUAACAGGGUAAAAUGGUUUACAUUAACUGGUCAAGUGAAAAAUUGAUAAACUUAUUGUGCAGGAAGUUUUCUGAAAAAUAAUUAUCUCUCGAGAGAUUUAUUGUUUUACCUUGCGUUCUGUGGUGUCAUGAUGUAGCGUGACCUGGCAGCAUCUCUGGUACUGUAACUUGUUUGUCAAAUUGAUAAGGUAGACAAGGCACCACACUUUAACUUCACCUCAUAAAAUAAGUCAAUAAAUAAAUAAACAACAUGAGAUGCAUUUCUCGACACAACAUUACACAUGAAACUGUUUUCAGCCGUAUAUGGUUGACAUUUAAGUGUACGCAACUAGUUUGUGGGUGAAUACAGUUACUUCAUAUUAUAUAUUUUAUAUAUCAUCGCUUAAGAAACAACCCUGCCUAUGUGAAUAUUUUUCAGGAGAGCGUAAUAACUUUAUGCACCAUGCAGGAACUGAAUGAUAGCUGGUGUUAGAAAAAAGACCAUAGCAGCACAUUCUGUUGGAUUUUUGGCGACUUCACUUUCUGAGAAGACACUAAAUGCUUGUGUCUCCAUGGAGAGACAUGAGACUAAUUUUAAAACAAUGUCACUUUGGUAGUGUUGUUUAUUAAACAAUGAUAUUUUAUUCAGCUUAUCAUAUAAUGACUUAAUUGACUGUACGUAUUUUAGUUCUACGAUAUUAUUACUUUAAUGGGAAAAAAUAUAAAAAAAUUUAAUAUUAGGUAGAUGUUAGUUGUUUUAUUGAUUCAUGUGAAACUGGACAGGAACUGUGGUUCUUUAAUGCUGAGUGGAUGUUUCAUGUUUGUGUGAGUUACGUUGUGCCUACAAUUUACAACAGAGGGUGUGGAGUCAGCGUCUUUGUUCAUUUGUAUCGCCUUAUUUUUUUCCAAUGUUUAAGUCUGAUUAAAACAUGUAAAGGUUCAAAUGGUUGUACUUGAGCAGAUGGCUUGUGAGCUGAAUACGUGUUACUGGAAGAGGGGAAACUUCAAUCAAACAUGUGUUCCUGUAUGUUUGUUCUAUUAUUGCCUUAUGUGCAACGAGAAACAUUACGUAUAGAUACAAUUCUGACAGUUACUAUUUUGUCUUUCUUCUAGCCAUAUUUCAAUACUGAAAGUUUUUUUUUUUUUUUUUUACUUAUUACUAGAUGUGUACCAACAUCAAAUUCCAAUUCCAACUAAGGGAAAAGUUUGUUUACACACUAAAUUCUACAUUAAGAAGUGCUGUAAAAUAAUUAUUUUCUCAGUUAUUUAUUUAAUACCAAGGAAAAAGAUGGAGCAAUUCAUAAAUUGUCUGUGAAAAUGUUGAGAGUAAUUGAUUAAAUAUAAGCACAUCGUAUACUUAAAAUUUCAUUAUUUAAAUUAUUUUAAGAUAAUUGUAUUAUUUUUUGGUACAAGUCACCAAAUGAAAUUUUUUUUAAUUACUUGUUCUUACUAAGAUGAUUUACUUCCUGUAGUUCAUUAAGUUGUCAGUUUAUCGGUGGCUUGUAUUUGACUAUGUACGAAAACCUAUUUUGUUCUCAUGCAAUAUCUAUUUACACUGUGUAGUCAAAGACACAGGGUAUCUAUAUUUGCUGUAGCCAUUAUCAAUUAGUUCCUGUGUUUUGAUGUGUAAACAUCUCAGCUCUCAGUCUAUGGCAUUUGGUAGGAGUAAUUUCAUGAAAUUGGAAUGGAAAUGUGUCACAAAUAUGGCGAACCAAUGUGUAGCAACAUAGAACAAUGUAUAUUUAUAUAAUCAUUUUCGUAAACAUUAGGGUACAUGCCAAAUAUAUUGGUGUGCCAGAUGAAACUUAAUUAAUAGUAAAACUACACGGAAAUAUAUGUGGUAAAUUUAAUAAUACCUAAUACCUAAGAAAUGUGGCAUUACAAUGAUAAUAAUACAUAUUCUCCUUCUAAAUUCUCUAUAGGCUGGGUAACACAGCGGUAGAGCGUGCACUUAGUAAUUUCAAGGGGGUGGUUCAAAGUUCGCAACUUAAAUUUUGUUAAUAGCAUAAUAAUAAUAAUAAUAAUAAUGUUGAAUCAGCUCAGUAAGGUUAAUGUUUGUUUGUAGGAAGUAUGAACAUACGUAUUUCAGUAAUUUAAGCAAAACAUUCUAUUAAAAACAUAUACUUAGUGCUAUAAUAUGUGUUUUAAAUUUUCCAGGUUAAUAUUUUAGUAAUGUAUGGAAGUAUAUCUUCUAAAGUGUGCAGAAACUUUAUAGUAUUAACUUUUUUAGUUAAUUUUAACAAUGUGGUCAAUAUUUGAAUAAAAUUCCCUGUCAAAACUCAAGUCCAAAGCGGGGGUUAUAUCAGAGCAGUUUCUUAUAGUUUAAAAUUUCCUGAUGUUUCGUGCUGCUAAUUGCUAUCUGCGUUGGAUGGGGGCAAGGAGCGUUUCCGAUUCAGGCAGCGAAUCCUAGCGGCAAGCCAGAAAGUGAGUGUGUAAUUCGAGCCCAAAAAUUAUUGUUUUUGAAAGGAAAUUAUUUAAUUUAUCAAGCUUGGCAUUAGUUUAAAAAAUUCUACUGUAAUUUUUUUUUGUCAGAGUUUUGAUUAUAAGUUUAUUUGCAGCGUGAAGAACGUGAGAACACAUGAGUUUGCUCGUUACUGAGGUAAGAUGUUUACACAUCACUGGCGAAAACUGAGACGCUCGCUUUCAAGGUGCAAGCAACAACAAGUUGCCACAAUGUGUUGGGAAAGUGUGAGAAUUCAGGUGAAUGUGUUUAUACUGGGGUGGUUUGCCAGCUGACAGUGAAGAUGAACACGUAUCGGGAUCAACCUGGAUGCGUGUCAACUCUGAGCAGGGCCGCCGAGAGCCCUUCCCGGUACAUACUUACUGUACAACGUUUUUAACCCCACAAUUAAAUCAAAAAGUCGGAAUCUCAUAAAUGCCAUUACUUGUAAGGUUUCCUGUGAAUUCUAUGAACAAUAGACUAGUAAUUUCCAUCCCGUUGUCAGGAUAAACCAGAGAAUCAAAAAUAAUCCCGAAACUCAAUUGGCAAAAGCAUGUGGUUGUUAGUUACGCUUAGCUGUGCCCCUGGCCUCUACAAAUGCAACUGCAUGAUCACCACUUCUUAGGGCUGAAAACAACCCUUCAGUACAUUGCACAAGCUCACGUGUGACAGGUCGUUAAGUUAACACUUGACGUGGUUACUUGUGUAAUGUAAUGCAAGAUUAAUCUAAGCCCUGAGAAGUAGACUCGAACAUCAAAUCGAAUUGUGAAUAUUGUUCUCGGUAAAGGUAUAAAAUACAGGAUUAAAGUAAAGAACAAUAAUGAUUUAACAUUUGCAAUGUUGGAACUGAUUAAGUGAUAAACCAAUUGGGCCAUAAAUAUAACACCAUUUAAUAAAUAUUAUAAAACAACAAUGAAUAAAAUUAAUAUAGAGCAUUCAUAAAAGCAAAAGGAGUGCCACUUUUUGAUAAUUUAAAGUAAUCAACUUUAUUCAUGCAACACAAAAAAAACUAAAUGAAUAGCAAAUUUUCUGGCAAAGUCGAAUCAAUUACUUAGAGCUUUGAUUGAUUUGCUUCACUCAGACACUACUAAGAAGUGUGGAGUUUGUAGAGCCAAGGGCAGCUACACAUAACAACCAUCUGCUCUGGCGAAGGCAUGUCCUCCGUAAAAGUUCUCUUCCGUACACAAAAUUCAGAUGUGUGUGUAUCCUACUGAAACUUGAGAUGUGUGCAAGCAGUGUUUAGUUUUUGUGCGGUUUAUUUUCCUAGUCAUAACAGGUUUUAUAUUUUCAUUUACUUUUUGAAAACCGAUAUAAAAUAUAAACGUAACAAGCUAGCAAUAUGUAGUUCAGUUUCACGUAGUGCAAUGUUGGCGUAACAACGGCAGUUCUGAGAAUAUUGCAUUCGACAGUAACUUGGACAGUGUUCAUUGUGCGGUAAGGAAGUUGCGACAUACUUGCAAACAAUCGGGCGCUUCACCCACACGAGGCUGUCCGGCGAUAAGUGGCGGGUGCCGGGAUGAUCUUGUGUCGUGGUCAGGGGCGUAGCCAGGUUUUUUUUUUUUUAGGGGUUCAAAACCCCCCCCCCCCCCUCCACCUUAGCACCAAAUCUUUAAUUAAUUUCUUAUUAAUCACUCAAACAAAUUUCAUAUUAAAAUUAAUAAAAUUUUUACCAUUACAAUAUUUAAAUUUAAGUACUGAAAACUGCUAUAAUAGCAUUAUUUUACACCUUAAAAUCCAAAUUUUCCUGGGGAGGACCCCCGGACUCCCCGCUUUAAUGGGGGGGGGGGGGGGGCAUGCUUCUUAACACCCCCCAUACACAAAUCCUGGCUACGCCACUGGUCGUGGUACAGAUGUAAUGGACAGUGCACUCUAGCUGUUAUUCCUCUGUUCUGGGACCACUGGCGUAAAUGCUUUGAUGUGUGACGGAACGCAGGAAGCAUGUGUAGUAAAUGGCCAUGGUGCUGUACUAACAUUGCUACUUAAUAUUUUUUGGUUUUGCAACCCAAUUUCAAACUUAAUACUAAAUAUAUUUUUAAUACUUGUAUUAUAUUAUCUUUAAUAACAUUUUUGUAGGAUGAUUUUGUAUGGUCAAAAACAUUUUGUGGUUAAAAUAAAUGUUUUAUAGCAACAA